AUGCUGCAGGCUUGGUUUUACCGCAGGACAAGCACCAGUGAGAUUGAUUGCUGUGCUGUGAGCCCUGCUGUAGGGGAUGAUGCAGUGACCUAUGAUGAUGUGCACAUCGGAUUCACUCAGGAAGAGUGGGAUUUUCUGGAUCCUUCCCAGAAAAAUCUCUACAAGGAUGUGAUGCUCGAUACUUACAGGAACCUCUCUGCCAUAGGCUACAGUUUGGAUGACCAUAAUAUUGAAGAACACUGUGAAAGUUCUAGAAGAAAUAGAAGGUAA